GCGGCCGCAGAGCCUGGGCUGAGGGAUCGUGGGGUAUUUGCUGAGAGAGGGCCGCGCGGCAGCGCCCUGCGAUGGAACGGGUGAAGAUGGCGGAGGAGAGCCUGGAGACGGCGGCGGAGCACGAGCGGAUCCUGAGAGAGAUCGAGAGCACAGACACGGCCUGCAUCGGGCCCACGCUCAGGUCUGUUUAUGAUGGUGAGGAACAUGGACGAUUCAUGGAGAAGCUAGAAACUCGUAUUCGCAAUCAUGAUAGAGAAAUUGAGAAAAUGUGCAACUUUCACUACCAGGGCUUUGUGGACUCCAUUACUGAACUGCUGAAAGUACGAGGAGAAGCCCAGAAACUCAAGAACCAGGUGACGGACACUAACAGGAAACUGCAGCACGAGGGCAAGGAACUGGUAAUAGCAAUGGAAGAGCUGAAGCAGUGUCGACUACAACAGAGAAAUAUUUCUGCUACUGUUGAUAAGCUAAUGUUGUGUCUUCCAGUCCUAGAGAUGUACAGUAAACUGAGGGACCAGAUGAAAACCAAAAGGCAUUAUCCUGCACUGAAGACACUGGAGCAUCUGGAACAUACCUAUCUGCCUCAAGUGAGCCACUAUCGAUUCUGUAAGGUGAUGGUGGACAACAUCCCUAAGCUUCGGGAAGAAAUAAAAGAUGUUUCUAUGUCUGAUCUCAAAGACUUUCUGGAGAGCAUCCGCAAGCAUUCAGACAAAAUUGGAGAGACUGCCAUGAAGCAAGCCCAACAGCAAAGAAACCUGGAUAACAUUGUCUUGCAGCAGCCUAGACUAGGUAGCAAGAGAAAAUCUAAGAAAGAUGUUUAUACAAUCUUUGAUACAGAGGUGGAGAGCACAAGCCCAAAGUCUGAACAGGAUUCUGGAAUUCUGGAUGUGGAAGAUGAGGAAGAUGAUGAAGAGGUACCUGGGGCUCAAGACUUGGUGGAUUUCUCUCCUGUGUAUCGGUGUCUACACAUAUAUUCUGUCCUGGGUGCCCGUGAAACAUUUGAGAAUUACUACCGAAAACAGAGGCGAAAACAAGCUCGUUUGGUCCUCCAGCCUCCAUCUAAUAUGCAUGAAACUUUAGAUGGCUACAGGAAGUAUUUCAAUCAAAUUGUAGGCUUUUUUGUGGUAGAAGAUCACAUUUUGCAUACAACCCAGGGCUUAGUGAAUAGAGCCUACAUUGAUGAACUAUGGGAAAUGGCACUUUCAAAGACCAUCGCAGCACUGCGCACCCACUCGUCCUACUGUUCCGAUCCAAACCUUGUGUUAGAUUUGAAGAACCUCAUUGUCCUCUUUGCUGACACACUUCAGGUGUAUGGCUUUCCUGUGAACCAGCUUUUUGAUAUGUUGUUAGAAAUCAGAGACCAGUAUAGCGAGACUCUACUGAAGAAGUGGGCGGGGGUUUUCAGAAACAUACUUGAUUCUGACAACUACAGUCCCAUACCAGUAACGAGUGAAGAGACAUAUAAAAAAGUCGUAGGACAAUUCCCAUUUCAAGAUACAGAACUGGAAAAGCAGCCAUUUCCCAAAAAGUUUCCUUUCUCUGAAUUUGUGCCAAAAGUUUACAACCAGAUUAAAGAAUUUAUCUACGCCUGCCUGAAGUUUUCAGAAGAUCUUCAUCUAAGCUCCACCGAAGUUGAUGACAUGAUCCGGAAGUCUACAAACCUGUUGCUGACCAGGACUCUGAGCAACUCUCUGCAGAACGUCAUUAAGAGGAAGAACAUUGGGCUUACUGAGCUUGUCCAGAUUAUCAUCAAUACAACACACCUGGAGAAGUCCUGUAAAUACCUAGAGGAAUUCAUCACCAAUAUCACUAAUGUCCUUCCAGAGACGGUCCACACCACCAAGCUUUAUGGUACCACAACUUUCAAGGAUGCUAGACAUGCAGCUGAAGAAGAGAUAUAUACAAACUUAAAUCAGAAGAUUGACCAGUUUCUGCAGCUGGCUGACUACGACUGGAUGACAGGGGAGCUGGACAACAAAGCUAGUGAUUACCUGGUGGACCUCAUUGCCUUCCUUCGGAGUACGUUUGCUGUAUUCACACACCUUCCUGGAAAGGUGGCCCAGACAGCCUGUAUGUCAGCUUGCAAGCAUUUAGCCACUUCCUUGAUGCAACUUUUGCUAGAAGCAGAAGUACGGCAGCUCACUUUGGGAGCAUUACAGCAGUUCAAUCUGGAUGUCAGAGAAUGUGAACAGUUUGCCAGAUCCGGCCCGGUGCCUGGGUUCCAGGAGGACACGCUGCAGUUGGCCUUCAUCGACUUGAGACAACUAUUGGACCUCUUUAUUCAGUGGGAUUGGUCCACAUAUCUUGCCGACUAUGGACAGCCCAACUGCAAGUACCUCCGGGUGAACCCUGUGACAGCUCUGACCCUGCUUGAGAAGAUGAAAGACACUAGCCGCAAGAAUAACAUGUUUGCACAGUUCCGGAAAAAUGAGCGAGAUAAACAGAAACUGAUUGACACUGUGGCCAAACAGCUCCGAGGACUCAUCAGCAGCCACCACUCCUGAAUGUUGGCCUUGGACCCACAGAGGCCACUUGCCGUAGCCAGUGGUCCAGGAUCUCCCCUGGGCUGGCCCUGCAUUUGUGCAUUCUUCCUCAAAGAGAGCAUAUGUAUUUUUUUAUUAACCCCUGUACAGUAUUCACAUAACCUUUCCCCAUAGUAAGAGAGGCACAAGAAUAAGCAAGAACAAGGGCUUAGGGGACGUUACUGCCACACUUUCCUGGGAAAGCUGUACUGUCAGUGCCAAUGUGGGGGGGGGGGGGACACCUCUUAUCCAGCGCUCCAUAAAUUUAGUGGGUGCCUGGUACGGGGAGUUGAGACGAGAAAGUGAAAGGAUGAUAAUAUACAUCCUGUUUGCUCUCAAGUACUCGCUUACAUACAGAGUAGAGCCUGGCAGACAUACCUAUGUAAUAUACCAAAGCUAGGUAUAUCUAUCUGCCUUGUUGGUUGAAUUAUUGGCUCAUGAGAGUGUGGCAUGUGGCAAGAUGACAAUUUCACUCUGGAUCCAUAGGUGGCAGUUUCAUUAGUGUAGGUCUAACCAAGCCUUGUGGCAGAAAAAGGGUAGUUAGCUGAAUAAACACUCGGUCCCAUACUGAAAAGGAAGUUGCCCCACUACAUGAGUUAUUUUUCUGAAUCUUAAAAGCCCAGCCCCCAUGGCCAUUCAUCUCUGUCCCUUCUUUUAUGACCAUAGCACUUGGUUCAGAAUGUAAAUCUGCAAUGGCUUCUGAAGGCCCCUGAGGGAGAGGCUCACACUCCCUCCAGCAGCAGUCUCUUUAAACUCUCAGAUUCCCUGAGGUCUCAGAGUAGCCUCACCAUGGGUAGAGCCUCAUGAUGUUUGAGAUUGCAUACUCAUGUUUUAAUGACAGCCUUACAGCUACCAUCUUUAGAGAAAAUGUCCCAAGCUCUAUACCCUGGGCACAGCCGCCAUAGGACUGGGUGUUUCUGAGAAUGGAUCUGUCACCAUGAGGUAGAUAGGCUCAGCUGUAGCUAAUGGCUUGUUGUCUUUGGCCCAGCUAUCAUCAACUAAAUCACAUCAGAGACAAGGCUUGUCUUGCUCAAGCCCAAGGCUCCCAUGUUCUGAGCUGCCCCUUAGCCUGGCCUAAGAGUGCUUUCCUGGCAUCAUAUCUCUAAUCUCUGGAGUCUGAGCCAGCCAGAUAGACUCCUGAGAUCCUGUGAAGGCUUUCCUGGGUUGCCAGAGGGUUCUUUGCUCUCAGACUUCUGGAAGCUGUUAGCUCGACUGCUGCUGAGAGUAUAAUUGCAUCAUGGAACACUGACCAAGAUGCCACAAAAGUGUUUCCAGGUCCAGUGAUGAUUGGAGAAACUGUUCAAACAAUCUCCUAUUACCUUUGUUAGUCAUUGUGCAAUUCUGGGACAGCCAUACUUCCAUAUCUCUUAGCCCAUCACAGCCAACCCCAUCUUGAACACGCCUUGCCCUUGCCGUAGCAAUCUUAAAUACCAACAAGAGGAGACCACUACACAGGUACAGCUUUCUAGAACUGGAGAGAACCAGCUACCCAGGUGCUCUGCUUAUGCCUUCAAGUCACAUCAUCAGGCUACACAAUGGCCCAAAAGUUCAGGAAGGGAGUCACAGAAUACUCAAAACCUACAAGCCAUAGGAGGACAUGGGCCUGCGGGAACAAAGACAAGGUGAUCUCUCAGAGCCCUCUGUUUAUUGAGAAGGGUGAGAAGUAAUUCCACGAACCUGAAGUCCAGCUGACUGAGAAGGAAGGAAAGGUCCUCCCUUCACCAGGGCUUGUCAGCCUUCAGUUUAGAGAUCUACAGUGGGCUGCCACAGCAUUUGUCCUUUGGGGACACUUUUAAUCACUCCAUCUUGCUGCUUAUCUAGUCGCCACCUCUGUCCCAAAGGAACUGUCAUAGACAAAAUGAAUAACAUGUGGAGGACCAAGGACUCUCUUACCUUCCUCACUAAAGUCCUGCUGAAGAGAAAUCUCAUCCAGCCUCAGAGAUGUGAGGAUGGCCACCUGCCUUUUCCUGCCUCUGCAUCUGCCUGUGCUGUUCUCUAACAAAAGCAGCAUGCUACUUCUGAGCUGUGAAAGCCAGGGACCCACAGUGUCAAGGGGGUUAUAAAUCGAUGAGGUGGAACUUUUUUUUGCAUUUUCUUCAUAGGCUCAAAACUGAGCUGGCCUUGAAGACUCGAGCACAGUAUGUGUGCUGGUAGACCUCAGACUCUGUGACCUUACCUCAGAUGCCUGCAGACCACACGCCCUGAAGAGUUUCAGGUGGGGUGAGACACUGCUGCCUGGAUGUCUGCUGCCUUCCAACCAGAUCCAUAUCCCUGUAGACAGUCUGGUUUGUGAGCCUUGGUCGGACAGUCAGUGGCUCACUUAUUGUUUAUCAUUCACGAGGGAAAAGUAAAACAAAGCUCUCAGUACCAGGUAAUACUGGUGUGGGUGGAGAAGAGCAGGAACAGCAUACAGGAACCCAGAGUCCCUGUUAGCAAAAGCAGUAUCUCCCGGUGACUGUCAUGCAUCUGGCCUGACAGUCCAUUUAGCUAGCUCAGCCAGUCCCAAGCCCAAGGGUGGCAGUGGCCAGUUUUCUCCUUAGACCUCUGAGUGCAGGCUUGGAGUGGCUUCACCAAGCCUUCUUCAGACUGCUUUUGCCAUGCCCCUCCCUCCGCCCUCCUCUGUUCCUUCUCUUUUAUUCAUCUGCAUUGUAGUCACUCCUCCCUGAUAUGUUGGAAAUAGCCUUUACAUUUUACACAGAUCCACAGUUGUGGGAGAAAUGCAGUGAGAUCCAUCUGUACCUCCAAAAGGAACCUUUUCCUCUCGUGCUCACUAGAAAACCAGCUCUGCUGCAGGCUGCUGCAUAAGGGGGGACUCCUCUGCGGAAAGAGCAUGAGUACCCCCAUUCCCCUGUAUACCUUCCUCUUUUAACUGCUAUUAAAUGAGAACCUACAUACCUGCUCCAAAAGCCA